ACAGAACCCGUAAAGCGGUACCAUAUUAACGAAAUUAAUUUGUUUUUAUACAUUAACGUUACAGUGUGAAGCCUAAUUAUUAGCAAGGAGGAACUAUUCCAAACAUUCAAAUGAUUUACACGGUGCCUUUUAAUGACACGGACCAGAAGCAACGUCUGAAAGCUGUUUUGUUCUGUACGUAAACUAUACUCUUGUUGCAUAUCUUCGAAUACGAAAUGGUCAGAUACAGCAAAUGUCACUACAAAAGAACAAAUCUGCCAACACUUCCCUCCAAAGACAUUUGAUCAAGUUCACCAUUGCUAAUUCCUUUAGAUACUGUCUUUGCCUAAUUCCUAUACUUCCAAGAAACCUCAUCACACGAGAGCCUGAAGCGGCUCACGAGUAACGAUGAUGCGUUACUGGGGCGAGAUCCCCGGGCCGGCAGGUGCCCCACCGAGCCGCAGCUCCUUCGACCUGCUCCAGCGCGAGUUCCGCUCGGUGGAGAUGCAGGACCCCCCUCUGCACCAGCCCUCGGCCCAGCGGCCCCGGCCCACCACCAUGCUGGACAUUCCCUCUGAGCCCUGCAGUCUCACCAUCCACACAGUGCAGCUAUGCCAGCACACCCGACGCCUCCGCGGCCUCUUGGCUACAGCCCAGGGGAAAGGUCUGGUCCCCUCAGAGGGCGGUGGUGCUGGAGGAAGUAGCAGGCUGGAGGAAGGGGAGGCUCUGCCCCCAAGGCCACCCACACCACCGGCUGCCCCCGAUGACCUGCUGCCCCUGGACAGCAAGGCACCCUGGCAGCCCUUCCAGCUCUGCCACAGCGACCCUGAGAGUGACUUUUACAUGGGAAAAGGUGAGCCCGUCACGGAGCUGAGCUGGCCCUCGUGCCGACAGCUCCUGUACCAGUCAGUGGCCACAGUCCUGGCCCACGCCGGCUUCGAGUCGGCCCAGGAGAGCGUGCUAGAGACCCUGACUGACCUGGCCCACGAGCACUACCUGCGCCUCAGCCGACUGCUGCGCACGGCCGCGGACCGCGAGGCCCGCCUGGGCGCCACACCCUUCCCGGACGUGGUAGAGCAGGUGUUCCACGAGGUGGGCAUCGGCAGCGUGCUGGCCCUGCAGCGCUUCUGGCAGGUGCGCAUCAAGGACUACCACAGCCACAUGCUCCAGGUCAGCAAAGAGCUGUCGGAGGAGUAUGAGCGGCUGGUGAACCCUGAGAAGGCCCUGGAGGACUCCAAGCCCCCGCGGAUCAAAGAGGAACCAAUGAAUGACAUUGCCUUCCCCGUCAGCGAGGAGCCAGAGGCGGACCAGGCCUCUGGGGAUCAGGCCCUCCCCAUGGGGGUUCUGGGGGCCCCAAACGAGAGGCUGGCUGGGGGCCUGGAAGGGGAACACUCACCACACACCUCAGGCAGUGGAGUUGCCAUCAGCUCCCCCUUGUGGCACCUGUCGCAGGUGAAGAUGGAGCCCCAGGACAGCGAGGAGGGCCAGGUGUCAGGCCACGGGGUACUGGGAGGUGAUGUGUUCGAGGAGGGAGGGCCCAUGUCCACCAUGAGCGAGGCAGACGGCAUGGCGCCCUCGCCCGGAGGGGCGGCGUCCGACGGCAGCUACGCCUCGCACUCUCCCGACUCACUCAUGAGCACAUCACCUGUCUUCAACCAGAGGCCCAGGAAACGCAUGAAGAAGAUAUGAGGGGCCUCAGACUCGCGGAGGUAGCCAUUUUGUGUCAAGGUAACAUGGGCACAUAGUGGCCAUACGAAACAUUGCAAGGUUGCAAACAAAUUCCAAUGCCGUUGUCCAUUUUCCCCGAACAGAUCUGAAAGUAUUGGAUAGGUCACAGCACGAGGGCCAUGCGCGCUAGUUGGUGGCAGAACAUGGGAGUUAUUCUAGAAUGCCAGCAAAAAAAGCCUCUAUUUACAUGUUGCUUAUGAAUGCAUUUCACACUACUUUUGGAUUAUAAUUUGAUUUUAAGGCUCGUGUGAAUGUCCUGCUUUAUAUAAUAUGUGUGUCAUCAUCGCAAAUCAACUGCAUUAUACGUUUAAAAAAAACACUUAACCUUCAACCAGUAAAAUGGCUCUAUGACAAUGAGCGUUAGCAUUCUAGCGAACAACUGCUCCAUGCAAAAUAGUUAUUUUGCAAAGAUCACAAACAAAUGUAAUCUUAGCGACUGUUCAAGCAUUGUAAAAGUUAUUUUGUUUAGAAGUAAUAUAGUCUGUUGAAUGAGCGCAGCCAAGAGUCACGCACAUCUGUGGGUGACGUCAGUGUGUUGUGUACUGGAAAGGGGUCUAUAUGUCCUAGUGUUGCACGGUAUACCGGUACCACGGUAAUAUCACAAUACCAAAACGUCAUGAUACUUAUGAUACCAACAUUUACAAAUACAAGUACUACCACAUAUUUUGCCCCACCGAUCUAAAGAACCCACUGGCGCCUGUUCUAAAAUGUUUACAAAGUCAGUUUUGUUUAUAAAUACACUUAAAUUUAAGCGAACUAGUCUUGUAUGUGCCAGUCCAAUAAAGUCCACUUCACUUUCUUGCGCAUAUCACGUGUGGCAGCUGUAAUCCAGCAGCCACAAAAUGCUUGUGCUUCUAGCUCUGACAGUGCAGUAAUAUCUAACAAGCAAUAUCUUAUCAAUUACACAACAUAUACCCACAAAUCUAGUAAAGUAUCAUUUCAUCCCUGGUAUAACCAGGACCACAGUCCAAUUUGAGUAGGCUUUGCAAGUUCGCUGUCAUGCAGCCUCUUUAAAUGCCAGAGAGGAAAAGCAGCUUGGCUAAAGACAUGAUUUCAGUAUUACAGCUUGUCUAGCUCAAACAGUUUUAAAAAUGUAUAUAUUCCUGCGCAAUUUCAUGCUUUUUUAAUAAUUUCACAAACCAUGUUGCGGGCCGUUUGAAUCCAGGCUCGCUAAUUAUUGGUUUGAUAAGAAAAAAAAAACAUUGUUCAGUCAUGUUACCUAGCAAACAAUCUUGUAACUUGACAGUAGGUCUAGACAAAUUUGGUUGCCACAGGAAGAAAGGAAAAUGAUCUGCUACUCAUGAGAUGUGCUUCAAAAAGGUAGGAUUUAUAUAGGCCUAAUGUAAUACUGAAAAAGAAUAUAAGUGCAACAAUUAAAAACAUUUUACAGUUCAUGUAAGGAAAUCAGUCAAUUUUAAAGAAAUUCAUUAGGCCUCAAUCUAUAGAUUUCAAAUGCCUGGGCAGGGAUGCAGCCAUGGGAGGGCAUAGGCCCAUCCACUUGGGAGACUGUCCACCCACUGGGGAGCAAUGCCCAGCCAAUUUUCCCCACAAAAGGGCUUUGUUAUAGACCAAAAUACUCCCCAGUUUCAUCAGCUGUCCGGGCGGCUGGUCUCAGACGAUCCCGCAGAUGAAGAAGCAUGAUGUGAAGGUCCUGGGCUAGCAUGGUUACACGUGGUUUGCAGUUGUGAAGCCAGUUGGAUGUACUGCAAAAUUCUCUAAAGCGACAUUGGUAGAGAAAUUCAUUCAAUUCUCUGGAAACAGCUCUGGAGGACAUUCCUGCAGUCAGCAUGCCAAUGCCAUACUCCCUCAAAACUUAAGACAUCUGUGGCACUGUGUUGUGUGACAAAACUGCACAUUUGAGUGACUCAAA